CCUAGAGCGGUUAAUGUCACAGUUAAUUGCAGAUGUUCCUUUCACUUUUCAUCUUUGCCACACCACUCUUUCUAUUCAAUUGUCCUACAAAUCUGUUUCAAAGCCCUCCUUUAACUAUGCAGAUAACUCAUAGCAUGCCUAAUAAACAAGUCUGAAUAUGCCUCUCCACUGUGUGAGCAUUCGUUUCUCCUUGCUGAGUUCUGGCUUGAACUCUGUGAGUAGUCACAUUCCAGUGUGUGAAGACCGCAGGUACAUGUACGAGGCUGGUGAGGAGAGAAGUAAAGUCAGAUGAGAUGACAAAGAGAGACAGAGGUGAGCAAAAGAAGAGGAGGAAAAAACUGUGAAAAGGAAGAAAAACAAAAAUACACCAAUGAGGAGAUCAUGGGGGUUCAACACUACUGGCUACUGCUGUUGUUGGUGGACUGUCGUGAAUGGAUUACAGGUGCUGUGAGCGGCAUCAGUCCAUAUAUAAAGCAUUAUGAGGGAUUGUCAUAUGACAGGGAAGAUCUCCACAGGAAGCACCUAAGGGCCAGAAGAGCCGCACAACCUCAGGAAUACACACUGCAUCUCGACUUUACAGCUUUUCACAGAACUUUCCGCCUGCGUUUGAGACGAAAUGCAGAGGCUUUUUCCAGAAACUUCAAGGUGAUCAGUGAAAAUGGUUCCACAUCAGCUGAUCUGUCCCACAUAUAUUCAGGAACACUAGAGGGUGAACAUGGUUCAGCGUGCCAUGGCUCUGUGUUACAGGGUCAGUUUGAGGGAACUAUCCAUACAGACAACGGGACUUAUCACAUAGAACCGGUCCAUCGAUACAACAACAGCCCAACAGAUCACCACUCAAUAAUCUACCAUGAGGAUGACAUGGUCCUGCCAUCCACGACAGCUGGCCCUGAUGGAUUCUGUGGUGCAGAACAUCUAAACCUCCUCGCCCAAAACCUCAGACCCAAUGAGGAGGCAGCAGCAAGCCGCUCGAGGAGGACAGUUGAUGAGUCAAAGACCAGCUGCCUGCUCCACCUCCAUGCUGACCACCUUUACUACAAGAGGUUCAAGUCUGUGGAAGCUGUUGUGGCUCAGGUCGCUUCCUACAUUCGAGCUGUUAAUGACAUCUACGACAAGGUGGACUUUAACGGUGUCAAGCUGAUCAACUUCAAAGUCAAAUCCCUCCAUGUGAUGACUGAGGAGGAUAAAAAAGAUCCUCUACGUCUUCUGUACAUCGGGCCUGAGAAGCUGCUGAGUCUUUACUCUGAGAAGAACUGGGGCAACUUCUGCCUGUCCUAUCUGCUCACUAACAGAGACUACAGUGGAGUGCUGGGGCUCGCCUGGGAGGGCAAGACUGGUAACUGGGGAGGAAUAUGUUCACAGCACACCACCUUGCGCGAUGGCCGAACCUCCACCCUAAACACGGGCCUGGUCACCAUUCAGAACUAUGGACAGUUUCUGCCCCCUCGACACGUCCAGCUGACCUUCGCUCAUGAACUCGGCCACAGCCUGGGAUCUCCGCACGAUGAGGGCUCCAACUGCGGGAACCUUGGUUCCAACACUGGUAAAGGCAGGUACCUGAUGUUUCCUCACGCCACCGAUGAGGUGCGUGAAAACAACGAUAAAUUCUCAUCCUGCAGCAUCAAACACAUCAGCGAGAUCCUCACGCUGAAGAAGGAUGACUGCUUUGUGGUCAGUGAUCAGCCCAUAUGUGGGAACCAGAUUGUAGAGGAAGGUGAGGAGUGCGACGUCGGUCACAACGACACAGACCUCUGCUGCUACAGCGCUAAAGAGCCCACAGGAGUCCAGUGUCACCUCAAGCCUGGAAAAGUCUGCAGUCCGAGUCAGGGCCUGUGCUGCGGUCAGGACUGUGGAUUUAAGCCGGCGGGUCAGACCUGCGAUGAGGAGACAGACUGCCAGAGAGAAAGUGUUUGUUCAGGCCUCUCUCCGCUCUGCCCCGAGCCAAGUCCUAAAGAAAACCUCACCGUCUGCAGUCAGGGCACUCGAGUCUGCCUCAACGGGGUCUGUGCCGAGUCUGUGUGCGUGAAGCACAGCCUGCAGCAGUGUGACUGUCCAGGAGACUCGUUGAGAGAGAAAUGCCACAUGUGCUGCCAGCAGCCUGAUAAGCCUGACACAUGUGCCAGCACCACCUCCUCAGUGCUGUCCCGUCACUUCAAGAGACAGGCGUUGGCCCUGGUGGGCGGGGCUCCAUGCUCGGGGAACCGAGGCUACUGCGACAAAUUCCACGUAUGUCGCCUGCUGGAUGCAGACGGCCCCAUCGCCAGACUGAAGAACUCCUUCCUCAAACUGGAUGACUUUGAUGACCUGGCAGAGUGGAUGAAGGCUCACUGGUGGAUCAUCCUGCUGGCCAUCCUGACACUGUCUGGAGUGAUGGGCUGCACCGUCUGCCUCUGUGGCCGCAAACUGGACACCAGCGACUUAGAGUGAUCUGUCUGACUUUUCAUCCUCACCUCUGGGAAAACAAAUAUCAUCAUGAUGAUGCACAAUUUAAUUCCCGUUAAUUUAUCAGGGAUUUUGAAGCGUCAAGGCCACAUUGAACAGAUUCUUUUUUUUUUUUUUUUUUAACUUUGUUCUACUUUCAGAGUUUAUGCUUUGCAGGACCCGCUCAAUGCCUUGCACGCCAAUUCGUUAACUGAUACCUUUGUAUGUCAUUAUGCAUCUGCCAUUUCUUGUGUGGCUCGUCUGUUCACACAACAAGUGGUGAUGCAUGUGUUGUGGAAAAAGCUGCUGUUGUUCUCAGCUGUCCAUCAGCCCCUUCAGAGGGGCCACAUACUGAAGCACUUCAUCUACUUUACGAUGGUUUGUUGUUUCUGGCUGCAGCAUCCUCGUUGUAUUUGAACUUGAGGGCUAAUUUCAGCUUUGAUGAACAUCCAGGUUUCCAUCAUACAGAGACUGUAUUGAUUUUGAAGACAUCACAGGCGAAGGAGGAGGCGACAAAUGGAAAUUAGUGGUUACCUAAACAUGACCUUUGACUCUGCUGCUGUCACUUCCAUGUUUACAAAGGAAGAAAUGCUUACGAUUAAGUUAAUAAAGUGAUAACAUACA